AUGGAGUGCCAGCUGUCAGGCGAGCAGAUCCGCGGGUUGUGCCGAGCAGUUCAGUGCCUGGCCAAGGUGGCCCACAGCGACUAUAUCACCUUCCUGGCAGCUCCUGUGGAGCUGUCACUGCGAGGCAUCAACACGGCCAAGACGGCCUACCUGGUGGUCAACUUUGCCACAGACUACUUUCAAACCUUCAAGCUCACCCAACCCACCUGCUCCUGCUCGGCUUUGGUCAAGUCAGUGCUGGCAGUGUUCCGCACGGCACCAGCAGCCAUGCAGACCCUCACCAUCACCGCGGACGGCAAGGAGCCUGACAACAUUCACUGGAUCAUUGACUGCCACAACGGCAUGCGCAAGACAUACACCAUUGCAUGUGUGAACGACAGGGAGGUGCUGUCAGCCUCCAUCGACCCGUCCACGUACCCCUCCUCACUCGUCGCCCGCCCCAAGGCCCUGCUGCAGCUGCUCAACCAUUUUCAAUCCACCCUCUCUGAGAUCACCAUCAUUGCUGCCGACCCUGAGGACGUGACAGGCUCGGGAACAGGCACGGGGGGAGGUGCGGCGGGGAGGGGAGGGGGGAGUGAGGCGAAGGCGGUUGAGAUGAGAAGCUAUGUGGAGCCAACCCAUGCAGGCUCGUCAGCAGACGGGCGGCUGGAGGCGUCUCCAGAGGCAGCGAUGCACACGCAGCUGUGGGUGGACCCUGGGGAGCAUUUCGAGGCGUACUGCCACAGGGGGGAUGCUGUGGACGUCACUUUCAGUGUGAAGGAGGUGAAGGCGUUUGUGCAGUUCUGUGAGUCGGCAGCAGCAGACGUGGUCAUGCUCUUCCAUCAAGCAGGAGCCUCCCCACUCCCCCACCUUCCGACCCUUCCGUUCACCGAGCAUCCGCCCAACCCGGCACGCCUCACCAAGCAGCGGCUACUCCCCAAGCCUCUGCCGAUCCUGGCGCUCCUACUCACAAGGGCUCGGCUUCCCGAGCGACUGCCGGAGCUGGGACUCCUACAGUUGCACUUUCAGGCUCCCAGCGCUCCUGUCAUGCAGGCUCGGGGGCAGUUCCCCACCAAGCCUAUCCAGAUCCAGGUGCAGGAGCAAGGCUGGAGGCAGGCUGGGCGCAUGGAAAACGAUGGUCAGACCUCUCAGGGGCAAAAGGCACAGCACACAGAGCUGGUGCGGAUCCAGCAGGUCCGGGAGGAGGAGAGGGGAGUGGCGGUGGGAGAAGAGGGAGCAGCACAUGGCCCAGGGCGCAGCAACAACCACUUCCGGGCCUUGAGCAGCAAGAUCAACGGCAGCAACAGCAUGAUCAAUACCAGCAACAGCAGGCAGCCAAUCAGUGUGGAUGGGAAUGGCAUGGUGACUGGCGGUGCUGCUGAUGUGUCUGCUGGGCGGUUCAUGCCCACUGAGGCAUCCACACCUGGAAGGCAAGCACUGCAUCAACGGCAAGACAUCUCUCGCGCAGAGGCACCUCCGCUUCAAAGAGAUCCAGACCGUUGGAUCGAAAAUACGGAGGAUGAUGAAACGGAGGACAGGUUACGGGGGCGUGUUGGAGGGCUUUUGGGUGAGGACCAAUGUGAAGGGGUCGGCGACGAAGACGAAUAUGUGGAUGCCACUCCACCAGAGAGGAGGAUGUAUGAUGACGAGGAUGAAACCAUGGAUUAA